UUCAGAAUGCCAGCAACGGAUGAAUUAAUGGAUAUAUGUCUGAAGGUUUCAAGAAGGAGGAGUUGUUCAGAAGCAACAGCAGCAACAGGUAACAUGCAGGCUUCUAAACGCCUGACCCUAUCAGAGGAGAGAUGAGGCACCUAGAUGUUGGUUUACCAUGAGCAGCGUCCACUACAACCACUCCCUUGCUGCCAUGAGCGGAAACGACAUGAUGGCGCACUCUCUGACUCUGGAGCAGAAGACAGCCUUUGCCUUUGUGGGGAUGCUAUUGGUGUUUUUGGGGCUGCUAAUAGUAAGGUGUUUCAGGAUCCUGCUGGACCCCUACAGCAGCAUGCCCUCCUCCAACUGGGCUGAUGGUAUCGAGGGGCUGGAGAAAGGGACAUUUGAGUAUGCCCUUACUUAACACAGGGACACGCGCAUCAAUAGAUGUCCUGCCCAACAAGAAGUGUCCAUUGAAAUCCAUAUGCAUAUUCACACUAGCACUUGUUACACUUGCAAACAUACCAACACACACAAAC